CCAAACAACGUCGUUUUGACAUCUGAAUCUCGUGCAUUGGGUAGUCCGCAUAUUCACAAUUUCACACUAUCAUUGCCCAGAAGCUGUCAGUCUCUCUUCCCAUCUCUAUUAAUCCGAUUAGUGAGUAGUCGAGGAGGAAGUGUUCAUCGAAAGAAGCACAGAUCACAGCGUCUACCAUUUGAUGCGAGAAGAUGAUAGCAGAUAGCAAAUUGAAAUGUUUUGUGAUAUUAUUAUUUUUUGCAGCUUUAAUUGAUAGAUCGCCAGCUUCUCUGACCAAUGACCCUUAUCUAGGAAUUCGUCCUGAAGAUGAGAAAUAUUACAAGGCAUCUGAUACGAUCAAAUGCAAAGAUGGAUCCAAGAAAUUCUCCAAAGCUCAGCUGAAUGACGAUUUCUGUGAUUGCACAGAUGGAACAGACGAGCCUGGUACAUCGGCGUGCCCUGGUGGAAAAUUCUAUUGCCGAAAUGCUGGACAUGCUCCUGUUUUAUUGUUUUCUUCCAGAAUCAAUGAUGGCAUUUGUGAUUGCUGUGAUGGGAGUGAUGAGUAUGAUGGCAAAGUUAAGUGCGCAAAUACCUGUUGGGAGGCUGGGAAAGUGGCUAGAGAUAAACUGAAGAAGAAGAUUUCUACACAUCAGGAGGGAGUUGCUUUGCGGAAGCUGGAAGUGGAGCAAGCAAAGCUUUCUAUAGCCAAAGAUGAGGCUGAGUUAUCGAAACUCAAAAACGAGGAAAACAUACUGAAAGGGCUUGUUCAACAGCUUAAAGAGCGUAAAGAACAAAUAGAAAAGGCCGAGGAGAGAGAACGCUUACAGAAAGAAAAGGAGGACAAGGAAAAACAAGAAGCAGAAAAAAGUGCUACUCAAGAGAAAAGUGUUGAGGAGGAAGCUAGGCAGGAAACGAGUGACACUGAAGAGAAAGCUGACAGUGAAGGCAAAGCGAUGGAAAAAAUGCUUCAUGAUGAAAUUGGUGUUUUGGAGGACUCCCCAGUGGAUCAGGAUAUGGCAGAGAACUAUGUUGACCCUGUGGCUGGAGUUGAAGAAAGCCAUACGCCUAAAGAUGAAGAACCCUUUGUUGAUGAGGUGGAGCAGCACGCUGCCAGAGGCGCAGAAGAUCCUGCCUCACCAAAGACAAAGGAAGACACAGGACUUGAAUCUGACAGUCAUGAUGCUGGAAGCAAGGAGAAUGAUGUAGCGGAGAAUACCGAGGGAUUGUCAAGGGAAGAGUUGGGUCGCCUUGUUGCAUCUCGUUGGACAGGAGGGGAUUCUGAGAAGCAAGAUGGUGGUGGAAAAGAUAAUGACCAUGAAGUCCAUGACGAGAUAACCAAAGAUGCUGAUGACGAGGAAGAGGAUGGCUAUGCUUCAGAAACAGAUGACGACACCGGAAAAUAUGACGACAGCAGUGUAGAAGAUGAGGUUGAUGAAGCUUACGAAGACGAAUAUCAUGAUGAUAGCAGUUCUCCUUCAUACCAAUAUGUAUCAGAUGAUGAAUCAGACAUCGCAGAUACCACUGCCCCAAGUGGUCCUUCUUGGUUGGAAAAGAUUCAACAAACUGUGCGGAAUAUCUUACAAGCUGUCAAUCUGUUCCAAACUCCGGUGGACAAAUCAGAUGCUGAUCGUGUACGCAAGGAAUAUGAUGAAUCCAGUGGCAAGUUGUCUAAAUUACAGUCAAGGAUAUCUAGUCUGACAAAGAAGCUAAAACAUGAUUUUGGUCCGGAGAAGGAGUUCUAUUCAUUCCAUGGUCGUUGUUUUGAGAUCAAGCAGAACAAGUACGUUUACAAGGUGUGUCCAUUUAAAGAGGCUUCCCAGGUGGAGGGUCAUUCAACAACUCGUUUGGGGCGGUGGGACAAAUUUGAAGAUUCAUACCGAGUCAUGAUAUUUUCAGAUGGUGACAAGUGCUGGAAUGGCCCUGACAGAAGUUUAAAGGUCAGGCUAAGAUGUGGUUUGAAAAAUGAGAUUACGGAUGUAGAUGAACCUAGCCGUUGCGAAUACUCUGCUUUAAUGUCUACCCCUGCUCUUUGCGUAGAAUCAAAGUUAAAGGAACUACAACAUAAACUAGACUUGAUGAACAAUGAGAUACCUCAGAGCCACGAUGAACUUUGAACUGCUAAGGCGAUUUGCGCUGUUAACUGCUGCUGGGAAAUGCUGACCAGUAAACUAAUCUUUGCACCGGCUUUCCUGCUGAAACCAAGAGAUGCAAAAUGCAGCUUAUUUGAUUAGAUGUAGUCUGAAGAACUUGCAAUCGAAUACUUGGAAGUGGGCUCCUGAAUUUUUUAUAUUCUGGAGCACGCUUCAUGUUGCAAUUGUAUCUUAUCUGCAAAAGAUUAAUUCAUAGAGGCUUGAGGACACAAUUCUAUGACAAAUUUUUUUGUCUCGGCUAAAAUUGAUUCUGGUGAUUCUGAUAUCAUUCCGUUCGGGUGGUACUUGCAGCUCACUGAAAGGUAGAGGUCCACAGUAUAGUUUUCCAAUGCAAUAAAUAAAGUCCUGUUACAUGGUGUCUGUUUUC